AUGUGUUCAACUAUAUGGAUGAGUUGGACAUUUUAUUUCGAAACAAUCGGCUUUGUGGUUUCCGAGUUCUUAAACUCGAUUCACUUAUUUCUGAUCAGCAAAAUGUCAAAACAGAUGUUCGGAAACUAUAAGUAUCUUAUGUUUUCAUUUUCAUCAUUCACAAUUGUCUAUUCAUUUGUUAACUUUUGGUGCAAACCGGUAGUAAUUAAUGUUCAUAUUACUGAAAAUUCUUCUGUCGUCUUUACUGUUUUGAAGGAAACCGGGGUUACCAAACAAAUAGGAGAAAUUGCAGUUGGAUUUUAUUGUUCAUGUUACUACAUCAUGCUCCUGCUGAUCACAAUUCAUUUCUACUAUCGUUAUCUUUCCGUGACCAGUCCUUCUGGUCUUUUAAGAUUCUCAAACAAAACUGCUCCAAUCUGGAUGUUGUUCAUAUUUUGUAUUGCUUUCCUCUGGUUCAGUUUGUGCUAUUUUGUGAAUGGGCCGUCUCCAAUGAAAAAUGAGAAUUUUUCACCGGUAUUUCGGAAAAAUUACUGUUUGGAGCCGGAAGAAUACGCAUACCUUGGACCACUGUUUUUCUAUAAAGACUCUUCGGAAGAAACACGCUUCCAUAUUCCAUCCAUAUUAGCGUCUGCUACCAUGCUUUGAACCACUAGUCGCCAUGUUUUUUAUUAAAAUAUCUAUAAAUCAAAUUUUAGGAGUUCUAUCUUGCAAGAUGGUCAAGAAGUUGAUGAAGAACUUGGUAAUACCGGUUUCAAAUCAAAAUUGA